GUCCCACACUGAUAAGGCGCACUUGCUAAUUUUAAGCAGAAAAGCAGGAAAGGCAACAGUGAGAUUUUUUUGCCCAAAAAUUAACCCCACCACCCACCGUGGAACGAGUCCCAGUUCUUUCUGCGUUCACUGGUAACCGGAGUCAUCCUGAUGUGAAGGAUUCCUCUGUUGGUGUCCAUGUAAUUUCUGUGGGGGUGUUAUGGCGGAGGAAAAGACAAGCUUCAUUUUGGAUAUUCUCAAAACGUAUGACUUAGACAGCUUGAUCCUGGCUUUUUGCUUGUCCAUGCUGGUGGGACUCCUGAUGGGAGCCCUGAUCUACAUCUUCCUGACCUGGCUUUCGAGACGAAGGGCCUCAGCCCGAAUCACCAGACGGAGCCGCGCCUCCUCCACCAGCAGCCCCCCUCACAACCGCUUUGGACUCUUCCGCCACAGUGGUGCCUUCGGCUUCUAUCGCGAGUCGUCACUGGAUCCGUCAGAAUCCCCAGGUCACAAACCCCUUUUCCGGGCCACCCCCUACCACCCGCCGCUAGCGAUCGACCAGGCAGAGGGUGACGACGGUGCCCCCGCUGCGAGCCCCACCGCUACUGCGCCCGCUCCGGCUAGAGUGCCCCCGGUGCGGCUGUCCUCCUUCCGGUCCGACCGUGACCCACCAAGGGGCCCGCGAGCAGUGCAGACGCCCCCGCCCCCCUACGAAAGCGUUCUUCUGGCCUUCGAGGAGGCGUGCGCUGUGCCUCAGGUGAGGAUCAUGGGGAGCAGAGACUGAGCAGCAACAGAGUAGAGACUUGGCAACUACAGCAGAGCUUUCAUCUUGUCCGCUGGGCACGUCUUAGCAGCUUCAAUGAGAGGUGGCCCCACAGUGGCGAGACCAGGUUCCUUCUCUGCCUCCUUUUCUUGUGACUUUGGAAACUCCAGCUGGCCCUUUCCGUCCCUACUGGCAACAAGCUAUAACUGGACUGGAAACGCAGGUGAAAUUAAUGUACUUAUCUUUUGGGCAUGUGUUCACUGUAAAGUUAGCAUUCUGGAGAGGAAUCCUAUGCAGCCUCAGAUUAUAUCAAGCCCAAAAUUGGGAAUGCAUUCAAAGGCCCCGCAAGCAAAUUGGUAUCAAUGUAUUUCUUGCAAACACUCAAGAUUCUACUUCUGAAGAAUCAAUGAAAAAAAUCCCCCAUUUUCUUGCACUUUAUACAUUUUUAUAUAUUUGCAAGCAUGAAAAUAACGCACUUUGAAAAGUUUUGGAAAAAAGUGCAACAUUGGGAGAAGUAAGACAGUACAGUUAAAUGAAUAAUAGUGUCCUUUCACAAAUUUCACUUAUAAAAGAAAGGAAUGGAUGCUAGGAUAUUAAUAUUUUCUUCUGAUCUCACACCUUACUGUCUCUUAAAUACCCACAAACACGUAUACACACACACACACAAAAACACACUAGAAAAAGGUCUUGGUUAGCUUUAAAGAACUAGCAGCUGGAAAGAAAAUAGAUACAAUAUUUGUAUCAACAGCAAGGGAAAGUUUUUCUAGGCCUACAUUAUAAAAAUCAUGAAAUGGUUAGGAUAAUUUCUAGAACAUAAAAAGUGCAAAACUGGAAUAAUAUUUAGGAGCUGAUAUAGAAUGACAACUAGCAUCAUGAUGUUGAUUUUUUUCCCCCUUUAUAUGACAUCUAAUGUAUUACACCAAAAUGGCAGUUUCUGAAACAUCAGCCAUUUGAAAAAUUCAUUAACCUCAUCAUCGAAACUGGAAUAUAGUUGCAUUUAAAGACAUUUGAAGGUUAAAGCAAAAUACAAGUUCAUAUCUAAACGAACCAGCCCUAGCAGUAGCUCAUUAUUUAUUUUUUAAAUGAUUCAUGAGCACGAUGUCUGUAAUGGCAGCCCACUGACUGUGUGGUUUGUGUUCAUUGCCACAUAUGUGCUCUUCUUAACUUUCUCAAACUCCAGAUUCUCACAUUAGCAGUCCCGCAGAUCCACGCUGUGCUGUUUUUUAAAAAUCUUCUUCAGGAAACAGGAAAUGUAACAUGACAACGAUACAAUUGAAAGUGGAUUGCUCCAUGAAUGUUGAAUAAAGUAGAGCAGCAAAUUGUGGCAGUAAAAAAAGAGAACUGUGUCCAAACAGCAUAGCUUGGGGAAAUAUGUGGUGUAAAUGGACCAUCAACGGUGUUCAGCAGUUUCAGCUUUAUAAUUGAAUGAUGUUUUAGUGCAUUUUAUUUAUGAUUGUAUGAUUGUACUGAUUGUUUGCCACUUUGUCUGGGUGACAGUGUUGCAGAGUGGUUAUGGGUCUGUAUGUUGGAGGUUACAGGUUCAAUUCAGUGUUUGGGCACAGCUUUGUAAGAGUACAGGAAACAAUCGUUUUAGUGGCUGGUGAGAUGUUCAGUACCUAGUGCAGUAGCCUCCAACCCUGAAUGAAGCAGCACAACAUUGGAUUUGCAAUAUAGAAAAUGAUUCGUUUGCAUGGAGGUGUAAGUGUAAGUCUAUUUUACCUCCUCACGUGGCCUCAAGUGCAUAAAAUUGUACAGAAAAUGUAACAUAGUUUUAAAUCCAUUUCUUGUACAUGUCCUAAAGUCUUAAUAAAGCCAGAUUAAAAAUUACAAUUGCA